AUGACGCUCAGCCCGAGUGUGUGGCGACGUGCCGUGCGUUCGCCCCACUUUGGUACGCUCCGCACAAGCUCGAGCUCCGCAGGUGAUAAGCGCCGGCCGCGUGAGUCGCUCCUGCGAAGGAACUUGGCCCCCCUCUCUCCGCCGACGCCACCGCCCGUCAAGCGGCAAUAUGGUCCCCUGACGCUUGCCCUGAUCAAGGGAACAGGCCGUUUGCUGGGCUACAACUUCGUGCGCAGCAAAGCCAUCAAGGUCACAGGCGACUUAUACGACCGCGCAGCGAUGCGUGCUCAGGCCGAGUCACACUUUUGGUACAAAGAAUGUGCGUUACCCGCGUCCUUCCAAACAUGGUUCCAACUCACGAACCUGCACAUAUUCUUGCUUCUUUGUCGUUUUCGUGCUCUACCUUCGCAUGAAGCGCGUACCUAUUCGCAAGAGCUCAUUAACCACUUUUUCAUCGAUACCGAGUCACGCAUGCGCGAGCGUUUUGGCGUACAAACUGCGCGUCUGGUGAAAGGCUAUAUGAAGGAUUUGCACUUACAGCACCGGGGUUCCACUGUUGCAUACGAGGAAGGUCUUGCCACUGACGAUAUCCGGCUUUCCGCUGCUAUAUGGCGGAACGUUUGGGGUGGUGGAUGGGGUGUUAUUGGCGGUGUAAAGCGCAAGAUCCCCGGAGAGACCAAGAAGUCGACAAGCAAAGAGGAAGAGGAAGGACCACCAGCCAUCGCUCUAGAUAAAGAGCAGCCCAUGGAUGAGUCUGACCCUGAGCGCGAGGCGCGUGCCGAGCUCUUAUUCCCCCAGCAUCUUGAGCGAGUCACGCGAUGGCUACGUCGGGAGGUGUACCGACUCGGCCACUUGCCUGACCAGGUCAUCAUGGACGGCGAUGUGCAUGCGCCCCGUGCAGUAGUAGCCGAUGUCGUGGGUCCUUCGCCGACAUCGACGCCUGUCGCGACGUCGAUGCCGUCUUCAGACGGUGUACAACCCGUUGUAUCGGCCUAUACACGUAUCUAG